UGUCUGUGUCUCUGUCUGUGUCUCUGUCUGUGUCUCUGUCUGUGUCUGUGUCUCUGUCUGUGUCUCUGUCUGUGUCUCUGUCUGUGUCUCUGUCUGUGUCUCUGUCUGUGUCUCUGUCUGUGUCUCUGUCUGUGUCUCUGUCUGUAUCUCUGUCUGUGUCUCUGUCUGUGUCUCUGUCUGUGUCUCUGUCUGUGUCUCUGUCUGUGUCUCUGUCUGUGUCUCUGUCUGUGUCUCUGUCUGUGUCUCUGUCUGUGUCUCUGUCUGUGUCUCUGUCUGUGUCUCUGUCUGUGUCUCUGUCUGUGUCUCUGUCUGUGUCUCUGUCUGUGUCUCUGUCUGUGUCUCUGUCUGUGUCUCUGUCUGUGUCUCUGUCUGUGUCUCUGUCUGUGUCUCUGUCUGUGUCUCUGUCUGUGUCUCUGUCUGUGUCUCUGUCUGUGUCUCUGUCUGUGUCUCUGUCUGUGUCUCUGUCUGUGUCUCUGUCUGUGUCUCUGUCUGUGUCUCUGUCUGUGUCUCUGUCUGUGUCUCUGUCUGUGUCUCUGUCUGUGUCUCUGUCUGUGUCUCUGUCUGUGUCUCUGUCUGUGUCUCUGUCUGUGUCUCUGUCUGUGUCUCUGUCUGUGUCUCUGUCUGUGUCUCUGUCUGUGUCUCUGUCUGUGUCUCUGUCUGUGUCUCUGUCUGUGUCUCUGUCUGUGUCUCUGUCUGUGUCUCUGUCUGUGUCUCUGUCUGUGUCUCUGUCUGUGUCUCUGUCUGUGUCUCUGUCUGUGUCUCUGUCUGUGUCUCUGUCUGUGUCUCUGUCUGUGUCUCUGUCUGUGUCUCUGUCUGUGUCUCUGUCUGUGUCUCUGUCUGUGUCUCUGUCUGUGUCUCUGUCUGUGUCUCUGUCUGUGUCUCUGUCUGUGUCUCUGUCUGUGUCUCUGUCUGUGUCUCUGUCUGUGUCUCUGUCUGUGUCUCUGUCUGUGUCUCUGUCUGUGUCUCUGUCU